AUGACAGCUGAUGAAAAGCUAUUUUUAGAAGAAAACGUAGAUUUACCUCCUGGCUUAUUUAACAAGCGGAGCAUGGGGUCCAUCACUAUCCCACCUCAACUGAACAGUGCAAAAGAGUGGGUCCUUUCUAAGAGAGAAAGCCUUCGUCCCUGGCAAGAAUUCGGAAACUACAACAGAGCAAGUAAACCAGGAAAUAUAUCCGUUAUUUCACGAAGAGUUACUCACAAUGUCUCCUACUACUACACCAACUACGCUUUCAUUAGCACGCUUCUUGUUGUCUACUGCAUAAUCUCCUCGCCUCUGCUGCUACUGGCUAUAGUUGUGUCGGGGACUGCCUGUUAUCUUCUCAGUACACAGAAAGAAGGAAAAACUCUUCAGAUAGGAGGCCACACGUUCACCCCAAAAGAUCAAGCAGUUGUUUGCGCCUGUAUCUCACUCCCACUGCUUUUCUUUGCCUCCGCUGGAACUGUUAUAUUCUGGGUUAUUGGUCUAACAUGUAGUGUGGUUGGUGUACACGCGUCCAUGAUGCAGCUACCUAACGAAGAUGGUACUGAGUUCGAGAUGAACGAAAGUGUUUAACAUCUACAGUCCCUCUUAUUGUUCAGAAUAGGUAACGUUACACGGACAUUUGAUUGGUCAGCAGUGGUCAUGUGACUCGCUUUAAGGAGAUUUUAUUGGUCGUGUGUUGUCACCGUGACAACACACGUGACAAUGUCACGUGGCACAUGAGAUGGUGCGUGAGAACUUUAUUAAUUUGAUGUAAUUACUCUGAGACAGUAUUAAAUAGGGUAUUUUCUCAGAGGAUUAAGAUUUUAAUUAAAGUGAAUUAGUUAAAUCAGAGGAUUGAGAUUUUAAAGGAAAUAAAUAAACUAAAUAAUAAAGAUAAUUUACACAUUUCGAUAAUUUUAGAAAGUAGAAACUUGGGUCUAACAAGGAAAUUUAUUUACAAUGCAUGAAGAAGCUAUUACUUCUGUUAUAGAAGUAUUUAAAUCUUCAACUCAUCCCUCUAGGGAGAGAUUCCAGAUUUUAUGGAAUGUUCACUUAGUAUUAUUAGCUAAUUAGAUUAGGUGAACUUAAAAGGAUUAAACGUUUUUGAUCAUGAAUAUGUUAACAGUAAAUUAUUUAAACUAAUUUGUACGCAGUUUGCAACUUUAUCGUCAUUCCAUUCGAAAUUUGUGAUGCUGUAUUUAGCUGUAUAGUUGAAAUUAUUUAUGAAAAUUGAAAA